AUGGCCGGAACAUCAAAACCGGAAUCCGAUGGGCGCUGGGGCGAAAAUGCGGCCGGCGACAUCUCAGUCAACGCCGCGCUUGAGGAGUUUCACGACCUCGAGAAAGAAUUAAGCACACUCCAACAAAGGCGCUCUGCCGCAUACCACCAGAAGCCGAAAAAGCAAGAUGGCGAUGCUGGCGGCGAGAGCGAUUCUACCAUCGCGCCCAGCCUUUCUGGUGAGAACUCAUUCGACCUGCCCGACUUCCUCAGGAGGGGAAUCAUGGACAUGCGCACACCGAGUGGGGGUCCAGCGAAACGACUCGGCGUAUCAUUCAAGAACUUGACGGUCAAAGGCAUCGAGUCAUCGACAAAGCAGGUCGUCACAUUUCCCCGGGAUCUGCUAAACACGUUCGGGCCCGACUUUUACCAUUUUAUCACGAGCAUCUUUCCGAGACUCAAACUUCACAAUGAGCCCACCGUCGACCUCAUCCGGAAUAUGACAGGAACAGUGCGACAUGGCGAGAUCAUGCUGGUCUUGGGUCGGCCAGGUUCUGGAUGUUCGACAUUCCUCAAGGCUAUUGCCAACCACCGAGACGAGUAUGCCCAGGUUGACGGAGAAGUUUUCUAUGGUGUUAUUCCAGCUGAGGACCAGCUGCAACGUUUCCGAGGCGAGGUCGUCUACUGCGAAGAAGAUGAUCGCCAUUUCCCCUCCCUUACGGUUUGGCAGACGUUGUGGUUUGCACUGAAAACCAAAACCAGGAAGAGAGAGCAGUGGACCAUCCCGCUCAUCCUCGACUCGCUUCUCCAAAUGUUUGGUAUCGAACACACGAAGAAUACGCUGGUUGGAGACGAAUACAUUCGAGGUGUUUCCGGAGGAGAACGCAAACGUGUGAGUCUGGCAGAAACGUUAGCCACACGAGCAUCGGUGGUUUGCUGGGACAACUCAACUCGAGGCCUCGAUGCCAGCACGGCCCUCAGCUUUGCCAAGUCGCUUCGUGUCUAUACCGAUGUCAGCGGACGCACUACUUUGGUCACGCUUUACCAAGCAGGAGAGUCGAUAUACGAGUUGAUGGACAAGGUCCUUGUAAUAGACGACGGUCGUAUGCUGUUCCAGGGACCAGCCGACGAGGCGAAAAAGUACUUUGAGGACUUGGGCUAUCUGUGUCCCCCAAGACAAACAACUGCCGACUUUUUGACUUCGAUCGCCGAUAAGAACGCCCGACACUUCCAACCCGGCCGAGAGGAAACUGCUCCCAAAACGUCCGAAGAGCUCGAGAGAGCUUUCCGCGAGAGCGAGCACUACCAGCGCAUACUGGAAGAUGUUGAGGACUACGAACGUGGAAGUAGGUCGGCAAACAACGACAAGCACCGAAUGUUUGAGGCGACGGUAAAGGAUUCCAAAAGCAAAACUGUCAUUGGCGAUUCCGUUUAUACCGUUUCAUUCCUAAAGCAGGUCGCCGCCUGCACCAAGCGUCAAGCCUGGCUUCUUUGGGGCGACAGAGGCUCCUUCUACACGAAGCUCAUCAUCAUCGUCGCCAACGCUCUCAUCGUCUCAUCCCUCUUCUACGGCGCCGGACAAGAUACGUCCUCGGUCUUUGCAAGAGGCGGUAUCGUGUUCUUCUCCAUUGCCUUUAUCGGCUGGCUCCAGUUUGCGGAACUCCUCCCUGCGAUAUCCGGGCGAACCACAAUCGAGAGACAACGAGUCUUUGCCUUUUACAGGCCAUCUGCCGUGGUGAUUGCAAGGAUGAUUUUGGAUUUCCCCCUGAUCCUGAUCAUGACCAUCCUGUUUUGCAUACCGGUCUAUUUCUUAGCCCAGUUCGACGUCGACGCGGCCAAGUUUUGGAUCUACACACUGAUUGUGUACACGGCGACUUUCUGCCUCACGACCAUGUACCGAAUGUUUGCAUCUCUUUCAUCUACGGUAGAUGACGCUGUACGCUUUGUGGGUGUCGUUUUGAACAUCAUGUUCAUCAUGACAGGAUACGUUAUCCCCAAACCCGCCCUUCUCAGUGACGCCAUUUGGUUUGGCUGGAUUUACUACAUCAACCCUGUCGCGUAUGGAUUCGAAGCGUUGCAGACGAACGAGUUCUUCGAGCGGCAGAUGCAAUGCAGCGAAUCACAACUGGUGCCUCGAGGACCAGGCUCGGACCCCAAUUACCAGGGAUGCUCCCUCCCCGGGUCAACGCUGGGCAGCACAACGGUCAGUGGACCAGCGUACUUGGAGGCUUCGUUCCAGUACUCGAGGGCAAAUCUGUGGCGCAACUUUGGAAUCAUCAUUGCCUUUACUGUCUUCUAUCUCGGUGUGACCGUCUUGGCCGUUGAGACGAUCAAGUUCAAGGGCACUGGAGCCCAGUCCUUGAUGUUCGCCAAGCGAGGAGGGGCGAAAACAGACGAAAGCGAGAAAGACAAUGCAGCCGAAGAAACGUUCGAACCCAUCGGCGACGGCCAGAGCGUCUUCACAUUCAAAGACAUCAACUACACUGUUCCUUAUGGCAACGGCGAGCGCCAGCUACUCAACAAGGUUUGCGGAUACGCCAAGCCGGGAAAGAUGAUUGCGCUCAUGGGCAGCUCCGGUGCCGGCAAGACGACUCUGCUCAACACCAUUGCCCAGAGACAGAAAAUUGGAGUGGUGUCCGGCGAGAUGUUAGUCAACGGAGCUAACUUGGGGCCCGAGUUCCAGAGAGGCACCGGCUUCUGCGAGCAGAGGGAUAUCCACGAGGGCACCGCGACGAUCAGAGAAGCGCUGGAAUUUUCUGCAUUGCUCCGACAAGAGCGUGCUAUUCCGCGUGAGGAGAAGAUUGCCUAUGUCGAUAGGAUCAUUCAUCUGCUGGAGUUGGGCGACUUGCAGCAUGCCAUCAUCUCUUCCUUGACUGUUGAGCAAAGGAAGCGAGUCACCAUUGGAGUUGAACUCGCUGCCAAGCCAAAACUCCUUCUUUUCUUGGACGAACCGACAAGUGGCCUCGACAGCCAGUCUGCGUUCUCCAUUGUCCGAUUCCUCCGAAAACUGUGCGACGCAGGCCAAGCCAUCAUUUGCACCAUCCACCAGCCUUCCUCCGACCUCAUCGAGCAGUUCGACAUGAUUCUCGCCCUUAACCGGGGCGGAAGAACCUUCUACUUCGGCCCUGUUGGCACAAACGGCUCCGUCGUCGUCGACUACUUUGCGCAAAGGGGUUUCCCGUGCCCCCCGAGCCGGAACGUGGCCGAGUUCAUCCUGGAGACGGCGUCAACGCCAUCAGUCAAGGACGGAAAGCGCAUUGACUGGAACGAUGAGUGGCUCAUCUCCGAUGAGCACAAGGCGAUUGUCGCUGAGAUCGAUCAGAUUACCGCCGAGAGACGCCCGCCCACUACCACAUCGGCCGCUCAGACUGAGUUUGCGGCAUCCACCGCAUACCAAUGUCUCCUGCUGACGAAGAGGAUGUUCGUUCAGCACUGGAGAGAACCCCAAUACUUGUACAGCAGAGUCUUUGUCCACACCAUCAUGGGUAUCUUCAACGGAUUUACAUUUUGGAUGCUUGGAAACGACAUUGCAAGUAUGCAGAACCGCAUGUUUAGCGCCAUCAUUCUCAUCUUCUUCAUUCCACCCACCGUAGUGAACUCGGUCGUGUUGAAGUUCUUCCAGAACCGGGGUCUCUGGGAAGACCGGGAGCUACCGAGUCGCACCUAUGGGUGGGUUGCCUUUUGCACUGCCAACGUGGUUUGUGAGAUCCCCAUGGCCAUUGUGUGUGCCACCAUCUACUGGCUACUGUGGUACUUCCCCGUGGGAUACCCGGCGACUGCAUCGGUCUCGGGCUACACCUAUCUGAUGGUCCUCGUCUGGUCUCUCUUCCAAUCGAGCUGGGGGCAAUGGAUCUCCGCCUUUGGACCGUCCUACUCCACGAUCUCCAACCACCAGCUCACAUUCUGGCAGAUUCUUCCCUUCUUCUUCGUCAUGGUGGCGCUCUUCAAUGGCAUCCUCGUGCCGUACGCCUCCAUUCCUGUCUUCUGGAAAUACUGGAUGUACUACAUCAACCCAACAACUUGGUUUUCUCGCGGCGUUCUCUCCGCGGUCCUUCCACCGGCUGCAGUGCAGUGCAGUUCUGCCGAGUUUGCACGGUUCGACCCCCCACCAGGAUCGACUUGCGGCCAGUAUGCCAAUCAGUUCGUUGACGAUGUCGCCAUGGCCGGAUACUUGGAGAAUCCCGACGCGACGUCCAACUGCGGCUACUGCCCAUACCGCAACGGCGGCGAGUACAUGCAGACGCUCAACGUCUAUACUACUGACAAGUGGCCCUCGUUCGGCAUUCUGGUUGCCUUUGCAGUCGCCAACUGGGCUCUGGUUUACUUCUUCGUCUACACCGUUCGGAUCAGGGGGUGGACUUUUGGCAUAUCCACAGUCACAACGCAGUGCUCCAUGAUGCUGGGUCGACUCAGGAGACAUAGCAAACAGACCGAAACCGAAGAAGCCUAG